CCAGCCUAAUGUCCAGUUUCCAGGCUUCAGUGGGAGAAGAAGAUGGCAUCUAUUUCGAGCAUUCUCUUUAUUUUUCUCCUGGAUUAUUUAUGCAGAGCAGAAAAAGCAGUGUUUCUGACUGAGAAAUCUGCAAGCAGUAUUCUUGGAAGACAAAAGAGAUAUAACACAGGUCGUUUGGAAGAAAUUGUUGCUGGCAAUCUAGAACGAGAAUGUAUAGAGGAAAAGUGCAAUUACGAGGAAGCAAGAGAAGUCUUUGAAAAUGAUGAAAAAACCAUGGAAUUUUGGAAGCAGUAUGUCGAUGGUGAUCAAUGUUUAUCAAGUCCUUGUUUAAAUGGUGGAAUGUGUAAAGAUGAUGUGAGUGCCUAUGAAUGCUGGUGCAGCGAAGGGUACGGGGGGAAGAACUGUGAACUUGCUUUGCCUAUCACCUGUACCAUUAAUAACGGGGGAUGUCAACAAAUGUGCAAGGAAGAGUCAAGUAAAAAAGUUGUUUGUUCCUGUGCGUCUGGAUACAGGUUAGGAGAAGAUGGAAAAACGUGCAAGGAGAUAGUACAAUAUCCAUGUGGGAGGGUCAGUGCCCCAGAAGCUUUACCCAAAGAUGUCACACGUUCAUUGAUGGACCCUGAAGACCUUAUUCCAACCACCGUAGAGUACCACAAUUCCACUGAACUUAUACCAUCGGAAACAACUCAAGAUGAUAUUGUUCCUGUAACUGUUGAUCCAAAUGUCAGGAUUGUUGGUGGAACCGACAGUCUAAAGGGUGAAUUCCCAUGGCAGGUUCAUCUCGUCAACCAGAAUAAAGAGGGCUUCUGUGGUGGGUCCAUAGUCAAUGAGAAAUGGAUAGUAACUGCUGCCCACUGCUUUCUUGUACCUGUCCAGUUCAGCAUAGUCGCAGGUGAACACAAUACUAAAAUUCAAGAGGGGACAGAGCAAUAUCUGAAGGUGGCAAAAGUGAUCAUCCACCCAUCAUACAACUUCAGCAAGAGCUCAUACGAUAAUGACAUAGCACUUGUAGAGCUGGAAAAGCCAAUGAUACUAAAUGACUAUGCAAGGCCUAUCUGCAUUGGCAGCAGAGAUUUCACAGACAAACUGCUAAAGAUUAAAUCACAUAGCUGGGUGACUGGUUGGGGUCGCAUCAUUUUCCAAGGAAUAUCGGGUCUCACACUGCAGAAGCUAGCUAUUCCGUACGUUGACCGAGCCAUCUGCAAAAGGUCGCACAGAUUUUCUGUCUCUACGAACAUGUUCUGUGCUGGGUAUUCUGACCAGGGGAAGGAUUCAUGUCAGGGAGAUAGCGGUGGCCCCCAUUCCUCCGAAUUUAAAAAUACUUGGUUCCUGACUGGAAUUACAAGCUGGGGAGACAAAUGCGCACAGAAAAAUAAAUAUGGAGUAUACACCAGAGUCUCUAGAUACACCGAAUGGAUACUGAGAACUACAAAGCAUAUUUAACCCAUUUUGGGAUUACACAUAUAACUGCUAUACCUUUCAUGGCAUCAGAACAAGGAAAUUUGUGAAAUUGAAAAUUGCGAUUUAUCCUGAAAAUUUUUAUUUUAAG